CUAAGAAAUUUAUUAGUAAACAUGAGUGAAAAUAACGUGAGUGGUUCGUCUCACAGUGCAGCUGUAAAUGGCAUUAUUGAAGAUCUAAUGGGUGGUGCUUCCAACAAUGAUGGAUUAUCGAAUUCUCACAAUGAAAAAAUUACUCCUAAAAAGAAAACUAGUGGUUCCAAGACUAAUAGUUUGUCAGGAUCAGGAAAAGUAAAAAAGCGUAAAACUAUUUUACGUGAUAAUGCUGCACCAAAACAACCUCUUACUGGAUAUUUCCGAUUUUUGAAUGAUCGAAGAGAUAAAUGUAAAACAGAAAAUCCAACAUUGCCAUUUUCUGAAAUCACAAAACAAUUAGCUGCUGCAUGGAAUGUAUUACCGGUUGGCGAAAAACAGCAAUAUUUGGAUGCUGCAGAAAAAGAUAAGGAGAGAUACAGUAAAGAAUUUGAAGAAUAUAAAAAAACUGAUGCUUACAAAACUUUUCUACAAAAAAAAGCAGCUAAAAAGAAGAAAGAUCAAAAGAAAGACCAAAAAAAAGACAAAAAAUUUGAUACUGAUGUGGAUUCAGUAAAAACUAAGAACAAAAAGAAGAAGGAGUCAAAAAAGAAAAAAGAAAAAGUAGAUGAUGGUACAUUUGAAAUACCAAUCUUUACACAAGAAUUUUUGGAGCAUAAUAAACAACAAGAAGCAGAUCUCAGAGAAUUACGAAAAACAACGGCUGAUUUUGAAUCACAAAAUUCUGUUUUAGAAUUACACAUAGAAAGAUUAAAAACUGCAAUUGAAAGAUUAGAAGUUGACACUAAUGAGCGAAAAGACUAUAAUGAAAUUUUACAAGCCCAUCUGGAUAUGUUAAGAAAUAACUUUUUAAGUUGUUUUGCACAUAUGCCACUUCCAGAUAUGCGUGAUAUUUUGACUGCUGAUAACAUCGAUCUAUACGUAGAAAAGCUUAACUCUUUGUUGGAAACGCGUACAAACCUACCACUUUGUAAUGCUGUCAUUAGCGCAGCUUCACAGUUGGAUUUUUCUAAAUGACAAAAGUCUUCCAAAACUGUUCCAAAAUCGAAGCGUCGACGUAAAUCUCACAGUAAAUGAUUUUGUCGAUUUUGGAGCAGUUUAUCGAAAAUUUGUAAUAAAAAAUCAAAUUUAUUUAAAGAAAUUUUCUUUUAAC